AUGGCGCUUCCGAGAGGAUGUGUGGCAAAGAUUUUGUCACAUGGACGUAUUCCAAUGUUUUUCUCCCUCUCACCUCUUACACUGCACCCUACCAACCUCUCUCUUCCUCCAGCGCACUCUUUCACACUCUCUGCUUCUCUCUCCACUUCCCGGACCCCUUCUUUCCAUGAGCCUCAAUAUAGCUGGAAACCCAUGUGCUUGUACCAUUCUCAGGGAAAAUGCGUCAAGAUGGAUGAUCCUAUCCACCUUGAGACAUUUAAUCAUGAUUGCUCCAGGGAGCUUCAAGUGGACAUUACUGAAUUGAACAAAAUACGCCCGCAGAAUCUAGCAUAUUUCCUUGUGCUUGAUUUAGAGGGUAGAGUUGAGAUCCUUGAGUUUCCAGUUCUAAUGAUUAGUGCAAAAACAUUGCAAGUUGAAGACAUAUUCCACAGGUUUGUGAGACCCUCAAAAAUGAGCGAACGGAGAAUAAAUGAAUACAUUGAAAACAAAUAUGGAAAGCUUGGAGUUGACAAAGUUUGGCAUGACACAGCAAUACCAUUUACGGAGGUUAUUCAACAAUUUGGAGUUUGGUUGAUGAGAAAUAAGUUAUGGAUGGGUGCAGAACUUAAUAAUGCAGCAUUUGUAACUUGUGGAAAUUGGGAUCUGAAAACUAAGGUCCUUCAGCAAUGUGAAGUGUCAAAGAUAAAGCUUCCUCCAUAUUUUAUGGAGUGGGUUAAUCUCAAAGAUUUAUAUUUGAACUUUUAUAAUAGGAGGGCCACAGGAAUGAUUACAAUGAUGAAGGAACUGCAAAUACCAUUAAUGGGAAGGCAUCAUCUUGGCAUUGAUGACACUAGGAACAUAGCAAGAGUACUGCAACGCAUGCUUCUUGAUGGUGCACUCAUCCAGGUUACUGCUAGGAGGAAUCCUAAUUCUCUCCAAAAGGUCAAUUUUCUUUUCAAGAACCGUAUUGGAUAG